CCGCUCAAAAGAGAAUAUACAAAAACGAUAUUUUGUAUGAAAAUUACAUAGACAAAUACAAUGUUUUAUGUGAGUAUUGUAUGCGAAAGUUCAAAAACUAUACAAAAGCGUGAAGUUUCAAACGUUUCGGCAUAACAAUGUAGAAAUACCAACGCAUUUGAGAUAUGGUCAGCACAUGCAACGCGUAAAUAUUCACGACUGGAUUUUGAUCAUUACAUGAAGACGAACCAAGUAAAUGAUAACAUCGCCGUUACAGUGACCAACAACGGGCCGUCAAUAAUUAUAUUUGGUGCGUCGGAGAUGCCACCCAAUCGGCCAUUUGGUUUGAAGAGACGGAAAAGAUGUCCAGGAUCUCGGAAAUUUUUGGUGAGCGUCAAGAAACUUGGCCAUUCAGUGGUGAAAAUGGAAGAUGAAUGGGGAACAUCACAAACAUGUGCGAAUUGCCAAGAACGAUUUCCAGCGAACACAAAACCGCAUCGAUUCAAAGUGUGCUACGGUUGCAAAGCGAAACCGAUUGCUGGACUACCGGACUCAGUCGCUAGUCUACCAGAUAUAAUUGUGACAACGGUUAGCAAACGCGCUUUGCAAAAGGGACGAAAGGAAAUUAAGCGUCGAAUUCGCAAUGGCAAUUAUCAGGAUGUGAACGAAAUAAUUCGGAAUGGGCGUUUUAUGUCAAAGGUUAAAGUUACCUUCAAAAAUUGGCCAUUAAAUGUUCAGGGUGAUGUUGCUGCUCCACAGACAGUUGUUUGGCACCGCGAUAUUGUUGCUGCAAAAUGCGUUAUGCUCAAAGGACUUUGUCGAAUGUUUGGCAUACUAGUGCCUGAUUCGUUGAGAAGACCACCAAACAAUGUCAACUGACAGUAGCACUGAAUCCAUAAAUUAUUAGACAAAACAAAUAUUAUAACGAUUAGUUAGCUUAGCUAGGCUUGACACCAUUUGUGUUACACAAAUCUUGUGGCCUUGUUGUGCGUUCAUAAGAACAGUACAACGGUAGUACGGAGGGAAGGAGCCCGUAGGAGAAUUAAUUGCGUAAUACUGGUGCGUUUUAAAAUAUGUUUUUACAACGAGAACAUUUCAUUUGUUUUAAUAUGUGAUACUCACCAAUGGAUGGUAAGUUGAUACAGAGUGCCUGUGACAAUUUCAGAUAAGUACGUCCCAAUUCAUAGCAACAUAUUUGCAACACAUCACUAAUAUCGAUCAGUAAAUCUAUGUUGAAAAAUGGAAAAUAUUAGUAUAAAAUAAAAACAUUUAUAUUAUCAUGACAUACGUGAAGUGCCUUCUGUUCGGCAUGUAAUGUAUACGCAAGCUGCAUAGAUGUGUGUAUUUUUUCGUCCUCUGGUUAAAUGUCGCAUCAAUGCCAUUUUAAAGAAAUUGCAUGCAGUAUCGAUGCAAUGAUUGUUUAAAUGCAACUGAUGACUCAAAUGUGUAAUACCUUGACGAGCUUUACGCAAAGUCACUUCACGUGAUUCGGUGCCAACGCCAACAUGAAAUUUUCCAUAACCCGUUGCACCACCUUUUGAAUCGGCCGCCACGAAUUGUCCAACGGCCGAACUUGUUCCAUGCGCUGCUUCCUCGAAUUGUACUUCCGAAACAAUAAUAACAGAUUCGAUAACCGAACCACAAUUCGUACAAACUGCAUCGCCUCGCCCACUGUCCACUUCAAUGUUUGACGAUCCACAAUUCUUGCAUUUCAAUCCACUCGCCAUCUUUAUUUAGUUAUUUUUACAACAUUAACGAUGCUUUCAAUUUCUAUUUGUCUAUGUCUUCACAAAAUACAUACAAUACAAAUGCUGAUUGCGUGUUAUAACUAAACUAAACGAAAACAAAAUAAAAGACAUUCGCUUUGCA